GUGCUUGUAGUUCACGACAAGUGGCUCACAAAUUGCCACACCCACAGACAAAUAGUAUAAAAAGUGGGAAAAGUUCAGAAUCUCCCCAACAGGCGACACACUCUUAUCUCUUCCAGAAGAAGGAUUGGGGAACACCAACAAGAUGAAGAUUCUCCUGGUGACUCUGAUACUUGGCCUGGUUUAUGCUGACCCCUUGGAGGAGCCUCUGUUGGAUGAAUAUUGUUUAGAGAUUUCAGGAACAUGGUACACCAUUUAUGAAGCAUCUGCAAACAUAGAGGUAAUAAGUGAGAACAGUCCCUUGAGCGGUUAUUUCCGUCAUAUCGAAUGCCAUCCUGAUGGAGAAACACUCUUGGUCAUAUUUUACACCAAGGAAAAUGGCAUAUGCCAGCUCUACAACAAACAGGGGCAGAGAAUAGACGAAAACUGGUACACGACAAACUAUGAAGGCAAGGUUGACUUCAGCUUCAUUCAACAAGCAAAGGAUUUCCUACUGGUACACGUAAUCAACAAGAAUGAGGAAGGCAAUGUCUUCGAAGUAGUUGGCGCCCUAGCCAGAGAAAAAGACAUCAGUGAAGAAAACUAUCAGGCAUUCUUGGAGUUUGCUGUGGAAAAUGGGAUCCCCAAAGAAAAUAUUGUCAAAGUCAUUGAUACAGACACGUGUCCUGAGACGCCCACUUAG